AGAAUAUUGCAAAACGACCUCGGAAUGGAUAAGGCAAUACUUUGUUGACCGCUAACAUUGGUAGCAUUUGCAGAUAUUACGCAUUCGACCCUUCUUGCUUAUCACAUAUCAUCAUUAUUUCCUUUGCACGGGAGAAACUUUCGUUCACUACUACACUCAAAAUUAAAAUUAUAAAAAUGGUGCAAAAUAAAAUAAUAAAUAAAUGUAACAAAGAACAAUAACUUUCGUCCUGUUUACAUUUCGUACAUUCUUCAUUCCCAACCAUCUAACUAACAACAACUGUUCUCUCGCGUCCAUUCAUUCAAUUUAUCUUAUUUUUUGUUAUGCUUUUCAAUUAACGUUGCGUUAUUCAUUACUAUCAUUGAUGGCUGAUUUCAUCACUUAUGAUUUCAAUUUUGUUCGUCAACUUUCUCAUUUUUAGCGAUAUUGUUAUCAUUAUUAUAAAUUUCAAUUCAAGCGACCCACUUUAAUUCAUGGGGUCGAGUUUUGAUCGGUGGAAAAAAGAUCCAUUCUUUCAUGUUGCAGAAGAAGUUCAGGAAUCUGCAGAUAGGAUGGAAUCUACAUAUAGGACAUGGAUACAUGCUACAAAAGAUACUUCGAACAUGUGGAAUCCUGAUGAACUCCGAAGAGAUUUACUCACUACUCUUGGAACUGCUAAAUGGCAGUUAGAGGAAUUUGAACGUGAAGUGAGGUGGAGUUAUAGCAAAAGCUCAAGCGAUAAUGCAAGAAAUAGGCAUCAAGAUUUUAUCACUGCUAUUAAGGAUAAGAUAAGAAAAAUUGAAGAUUCGUUAAAUGAAUCCAACCCUAUUGGUAGCAAGGAAUCUAAACCAUGGGUGUGUUUGGACGAAGGAGAAAAAGACGAGCUUGCUUUGUUUCUUUCAGGAAUGCCAGAUGAUGAAGGAGAAAAUGAGGAGAUGUCACUGUCACUGUCACGUGGGCAUCGUAGAGCAGCUACUGCUGAUAUUGGUUAUUGUAAAAUUUUAGUUUCUGAUGAUCAUGUGGAUCACUCCAAUCCAAUGCAUAAGGUGUCCAGUUUAUCAGGUUUUCUUUCUUCUAUGGAAACUAUCUCCAAAUGGAAGUUUAAUGUGUUGGAUCAUCAUCAUAAACAAACUCAUUUUGCAAUAUCUCCCAACGUUCGAUUCAAUAAGGGCAACAACGCAACACUUGAUAGUUCUGAUGAAUGCUAUGACAAGCAACACUAUGGAUGGUGUGGUACUAUUCAGAGACAACUUCAAAGAUCUCAAUACCAAAUGCAAUACACAGGGUUUGUUCGAGUAACUGUUUUGAUUGUUUUUCUCCUCUGCUUAAUAGGUUUAAUUGCAUUACGCACAAAGUAAAAGAAAAAUCUAAGAUACAUGAUAUAACAGCAUUAGUGUGACAAACAAGCUUUUUAUUCAAGUUCAUAAAACCUUGGUUAGUUUUCUAGUUCCUCGCCUAACCUAUGGGAUAACUACUGAAAGUGUACCACAACAUUUCCUUAAUUUUCCAUUUUUCUAAAUUCAAAAUUUUUCCCCUGUCUAUUUGAAAAAAAAAAAUCACCAAGAGGUAUCUGUUGUACUACAUAUAGUAAGGUGGAGAUGAUAUAGGGAUUGACUUAUUAGACAUUGUAAAGUUGUAAUGUAUAGAUAUUAUUAUUCA